AUGAAUCAUAGGCAACAAGAAGAUGUUGAUGCUCGGUCAAUCUAUGUUGGCAAUCUUGAUUGCAAUAUUACCGUCCAACGUUUACGAAACCAUUUUCAUUUACGUGGGACAAUUAAACAAAUCACAAUUAUUUUCAGGAUUUUUAGCGAUAACGCGAAUAAUCAAAAGGGUCACGCUUUUAUAGAAUUUGAAUCAGAAGUCAAUGAUGCAUUGAGUUUGGAUGGAAGCACGAUUGAUGAAAAUAUUAUUAUUGUCGCUAGAAAAUGGAUUAAUACUCGUACAAUCUACGUUAGCAAUCUUCAUAAUAAUGUUACCGAAGAUGAAUUAAGCAAUCACUUUCACAAUUAUGGAGAGAUACACCAUAUUAAUAUAUUUAAUGGAUAUGCGUUUAUUGGCUUUACCACGAGUGCUGCAGUAAAUAGUGCCUUGCGGGCAAAUAAUACACUUCUUGGUGGAAGACGUAUUCAUAUUAGACAAGAUAUAUCUCCUGACGAUUUACACAGUCAUUUUCGAAGUUCCGGAGAAAUAAAACGAGUUUUUAUUUGCGAUAAAGAUGAUCGUAAUAGAUUUGCAACUAUAAAUUUUGUCGCCCGUUUUUCAAUCAAUCAAGCACUACGAAGGAACAACACUUUAUUGAGAGGAACUCGAAUCCAA